AAUACCUCGAUGCAUCAUCUCCAAUUUCACACCAUUCCUACUCAUUUUCCUACUCAUACCACAAUCUGAUCACAAUUAACACACUGCGAACCAAACACAAAAAGACAUGUCUCUUCUUGCUUUCUUCCUCUUCACCCUCGUCGUCUUUUCAAGUACAAGUUGCUCAGCGGUUGGGUUCCAACAUCCGCACAGGUAUAUACAGAAAAAAACGAUGCUAGAGUUAGCCAGCAAGAUUGGUAUUAACUAUGGUAGACAAGGAAACAACCUACCAUCUCCUUACCAAUCGAUCAAUUUCAUCAAACUCAUCAAAGCCGGUCAUGUCAAGCUCUACGACGCCGAUCCAGAGAGUCUAACACUCCUCUCUCAAACCAAUCUCUACGUCACCAUAGCGGUGCCAACCCACCAGAUCACUUCCCUCAGCGCCAACCAAACUACAGCUGAAGAUUGGGUCAAAACCAAUAUCCUCCCUUACUACCCACAAACACAAAUACGAUUUGUCCUUGUUGGAAACGAAAUCCUCUCCGUCAAAGAUAGGAACAUAACCGGCAAUGUCGUACCGGCAAUGCGAAAAAUCGUGAACUCUCUCAGAGCCCAUGGGAUUCACAACAUCAAAGUCGGUACACCUUUAGCUAUGGAUUCUCUUCGAUCAACGUUUCCGCCGUCGAACUCAACAUUCCGGGGAGAUAUCGCCUUACCGUUAAUGUUGCCGUUGCUGAAGUUUCUCAACGGAACAAACUCUUACUUCUUUAUCAAUCUUCAACCUUACUUCCGUUGGUCAAGAAACCCUAAUCACACCACGUUGGAUUUCGCUCUGUUUCAAGGAAACUCAACUUAUACCGAUCCUCAUACCGGUUUGGUUUACCAUAAUCUUGUAGACCAAAUGUUGGAUUCGGUUAUCUUCGCCAUGACCAAGCUCGGUUAUCCAUACAUCCGUAUCGCAAUCUCUGAAACCGGAUGGCCUAACUCCGGCGACAUCGACGAAAUCGGAGCUAACGUUUUCAACGCCGCCACGUAUAACCGGAAUUUGAUCAAGAAGAUGACCGCAACUCCACCAAUCGGUACACCAGCUAGACCCGGUUCACCUAUACCGACAUUUGUUUUCUCCUUAUUUAACGAAAACAAGAAACCCGGUUCGGGAACACAAAGACAUUGGGGAAUCUUGCAUCCGGACGGUACACCAAUCUACGACAUUGAUUUUACCGGUCAAAAACCCUUAACCGGUUUUAACCCUCUGCCUAAACCGACGAAUAACGUUCCUUACAAGGGUCAAGUGUGGUGCGUACCGGUCGAAGGAGCCAACGAGACUGAGCUCGAGGAAGCUUUGAGGAUGGCUUGUGCCCGAAGCAACACGACGUGUGCGGCUUUGGUUCCUGGCAGAGAAUGUUACGAGCCGGUCUCUGUUUAUUGGCACGCAAGCUACGCGCUUAACUCGUACUGGGCACAGUUCCGUAGCCAAAACGUCCAAUGUUACUUCAAUGGAUUAGCUCAUGAGACCACGACUAACCCUGGAAAUGAUCGCUGCAAGUUUCCGAGCGUUACUCUGUGAGGAAGAACGCCUGAAAGAGAUUUAAGAUGAUCAAAGCUGGAUUAUUCGUAUUUACUCAUUCUAGAUUUUCUGGUUUCUGUUUCGUGUGGCCUAAUGUUGAGAAAAACAUCAAAUAACUAAUAAAUAUAUAAUAUUUUUGUUUACAAAA